GAUACAUUUGUCUAUGUAACUAUGUUGUGCAAGGAAGUGAAGUAGUAGUAGUAGCAAGAACCUUUGACAAAUCAAAAGAGGAGGCGCACAACCACGGCACAGCAGUGCAGACUGCACUGCACUGCACCGCCCCGCCAUGGCAGCCUCCUCCCACCAAGAAGAGCUGGAGGAAGAAGAAGAAGCAGAGGAGGAGCGCUAUGGCGACCGGAUCACGUCUCCGCUCCGUACGCAAUCUUCCCGCUCGUGGAUGCAUAAGGGCGUCGCUGAUUUUGCUGACGCGUGUGUGUCUGCAUCCAGUACGGCCGUCGACGUCGCGCGGCUCGCCGGAGCACGGAGGAGAGGUGGUGGAGAACUCGCCGAUCGAGCAGGUGGCGCUGACGGUGCCGGUCGGCGACGAGCCGGGGACGCCGGUGCUGACGUUCCGGAUGUGGGUGCUGGGCGUCGUGUCCUGCGCCGUGCUGUCGUUCCUCAACCAGUUCUUCUGGUACCGCAAGGAGCCGCUCACCAUCACCGCCAUCUCGGCGCAGAUCGCCGUCGUGCCGCUCGGCCGCCUCAUGGCGGCGGCGCUGCCGGAGCGCGCCUUCUUCCGCGGCCGGCCGUGGGAGUUCACGCUCAACCCGGGCCCCUUCAACGUGAAGGAGCACGUGCUCAUCACCAUCUUCGCCAACUCCGGCGCCGGCACGGUGUACGCCAUCCACGUCAUCACCGCCGUCCGCGUGUUCUACGGCAAGCCCAUCUCCUUAUUCGUCUCCCUCCUCGUCGUCCUCACCACCCAGGUGCUUGGGUUCGGGUGGGCGGGAAUAUUCCGGCGGUAUCUGGUGGAGCCGGCGGCGAUGUGGUGGCCCUCCAACCUCGUGCAGGUCUCCCUCUUCAGAGCGCUUCAUGAGAAGGAAGCACGGAAGAAAGGUGGCAUGACGCGCAACCAGUUCUUCCUGGUGGCAUUCAUCUGCAGCUUCGCAUACUACAUCUUUCCAGGCUACCUAUUCCAGAUGCUCACCUCAGUCUCCUGGAUCUGCUGGGUCUUUCCCCAUUCUGUUCUUGCGCACCAGCUCGGUUCUGGUCUCAGGGGCCUUGGCAUUGCUGCAAUUGGUCUCGACUGGUCCACUGUCUCCUCCUACCUUGGGAGCCCUCUUGCUAGCCCAUGGUUUGCCACCGUAAAUGUUGGUGCUGGCUUCUUCAUCAUCAUGUACAUAAUCACACCAAUUAUAUACUGGUUUAACUUCUACAAGGCACAGAAUUUUCCUAUAUUUUCUGAUGGUCUCUUCACCUCAACUGGCCAAAAGUAUAAUAUCUCAAGCAUCGUGGAUUCCCAGUUCCAAUUUGACGCAGUGGCCUAUGAGAAGAAUGGUCCAUUGUACAUCAGCACUUUCUUUGUUGUCACAUAUGGUGUCGGUUUCGCCACCCUUACUGCAACAAUUGUCCAUGUUCUCCUCUUCCAUGGAAGUGAAAUUUGGCAAUUAAGUAAAUCAGCUUUUAAUGAAAGAAGGAUGGAUGUGCACACAAAACUUAUGAGGAGAUAUAAACAGGUACCAGAAUGGUGGUUCGUCUGCAUCCUUAUCUCUAGCAUCGUAAUGUCCAUAUUUGCUUGUGCAUACAACAUUGAGAUGCUCCAAUUGCCGUGGUGGGGGUUUUUGCUUGCAUGCACCGUUGCCUUUUUCUUCACCCUGCCAAUAGGGAUAAUUAAAGCAACAACUAACCAGACUCCAGCCCUGAAUGUCAUCACAGAGUACAUAAUUGGGUAUCUGUAUCCUGGACGACCAGUGGCAAAUAUGUGCUUCAAGGUAUAUGGGUACAUCAGCAUGAAACAAGCCCUGGCAUUUCUGGAAGAUUUUAAGCUGGGUCACUACAUGAAGAUUCCACCUAGGACAAUGUUUAUGGCUCAGGUGGUGGGAACUUCGAUUGCAGCAUUUGUACACAUUGGAACAGCAUGGUGGAUGAUGGAGACAGUCCCCAACAUCUGCAACACUGAGCUCCUCUCAUCAGAUAGCCCCUGGACCUGCCCGGGUGAUCAUGUGUUCUAUGAUGCCUCAGUCAUAUGGGGACUUAUUGGUCCACGCAGGAUAUUCGGGGACUUGGGCACUUACUCAGCUGUAAAUUGGUUCUUUCUGGGUGGAGCUAUUGCCCCUCUACUUAUCUGGUUUACACACAAAUCAUUCCCAAGCCAGAGUUGGAUAUUGCUCAUCAACAUACCAGUAUUGAUUGGUUCCACUGUGCAGAUGCCGCCUGCUACUGCCGUCAACUACACAACUUGGAUAUUGUUUGGGUUCUUGUCAGGUUAUGUGGUCUAUAGAUAUCGCCGUGAUUGGUGGGAGAGACAUAAUUAUCUGCUUUCAGGUGCCCUGGAUGCUGGUUUGGCAUUUAUGGCUGUGCUUAUUUACUUUUGUCUAGGCUUGGAGAACAUUAGUCUGAACUGGUGGGGCAAUGACUUGGAUGGAUGCCCUCUGGCUUCAUGCCCUACUGCUAAAGGUGUAGUUGUUGAUGGAUGCCCAGUCUAUACUUGAGGAUUUCCUUGUGCAGUUUGUGCAUGGCAGUCCUGCGGAGAAUUUGGACAGUCUUAAGGAGCAUGUAGGUGUCAAUGUAAAUAUCAUUGUUUUUUCUCCAAACCAUGUAAAAAUGAGAAAUUGGUGUUGUGCUAUACCUUCAAUUUUCAGAAAAUUUGCAGUGGCAGUUUAGUUUGGUCACGCCGAUUGUUAUGCAACUUCGGAAAAUGAAAUGAUUCAUACUCGCAUGGUACAUUGCAGUGUAAUAAAAAAGAGGCACAGAACUUCACAUGAGCAAUUUCUCACUGGCUAU